UAAUCCUUAAAAGCAAGUAAAAUCAGUUGCACACAAGGCAAAAUUCAACAUAAAAUCCAUCUCAAACCGGGUGCUUUUGUACAUUUUCUUUAGUGCCGAUGACAAAACUUUUAUGAAACAUUUUUACAUACAUAAAUUCCCUUUUAAAAACGUAAUUUUGUUGACCAUGGAGUAAAAAAUGUACCUGAAGAGUCUGCAAAAACUGCGCUGCCUUGAUUGAAUUCAUGGCUUGCAACCACGUGACAAGGCGGCCAUGUUUGGGGUCAGUACAAUAGAAUUUUAUUGGAAGAAUUUAAGUGAAAAUAGUUUUUAGUUCUCAGUGGAGAGAAGUGCUUUUGUUCUUGACCACCAACAUGGCCGCCGUGAAGUCACGUGCAAACCAGCAAUUUCACUGAACAGGACAUUUUGAAUUGCUCUCCGCCGUGAAGAAAACAUCGUUGAAUUCCUCGAAGAACGAUUUCGUAGCCAAAAGCUUUCUAUAGUCCACAAAAAGAAAACUGAGCAUUCAUUUGAUCUUUCCCUUUCCAUUUGCGUCUUUUAACGGUGUGUUUUUAACCCUGAAAUUGGCGAAACUUUGGUCUUGAAAACCACCGCAUGGAGUGAUUCACAGUUGGCGUAACAACUUCAGCUCCACGUCUUAUACUCUUAUGAGGCAUACUUUUUCAACCAAUCAGAGUGUGCGUUAUAUCUGCCUUUAUUAUGAAAGUAAAUAACGAUUACGAAGAGAGACUAAUAUAAUGUGUAAAACAACUGAGGCAUAAUAUACAACAGGUAACACAAAAGGACGAAACAUAUAAACGGAAACCAGGAAAACCAAUAAAACAUUCGAUUUAUGAGAAAAAACGGAGAACUUACGAAGCACAUUCACGCACACUUCUUGGUCAGCUCACGUGACUCCAUUAGCUUGUAACUGUAUAGCUGUGAGGGUAUUCUUCUAUCAAAUGACAGGGUUAAAUGAAUUAAAAUUUACCCAAUAUUUAUUUAUUUUUUAACACCAUUUGUAUCUCAAUCGAUAGUUUCAAAAGAGGAAGGGGAGAAUAUAGAUGCUGGUGUUGACGAGAAGAAAGGUAAAAAUAAUUUUUACACUAUAAACAUCAUUUAUGUAGUGUUGACUGUCACUAUUAACAUUGGAACGUUUCUUCGUCCAUUUUCUGGAAAGCCAAUAACCCUAAAUUACUUUAAUUUACGGCAAUGCCCAAGAAACUAGUCGAUAAUCAGUAUAAAAAAUAACUUGCGACGAAAUUUUGAUAGCUAUGGUUACACUUUAAGAGGCUGAUUAGUAAACCUAUUUCGGAAUUGUGUUUUAACCAUACCGAAAUAUUUUCCUUUACUUUUUUCAAAUGUAAUUAUUUAUCAGUUUCCUUUUUGAUAUGUUUUAGGGUUAGGUCUUUGCAGUUUAAAAGUAUUAUUUUCUGGAUGAUAGAACACUGAAAUUUAUUUUUCACUCAACUUGUAACCCCCUUGUAUAACUGCUAAUUACCGUUUGUCAUGGGAUUACAGUUUAAGCGUUAAAGUACUCCGGGGAAGAAAAGUUGCACAUUAAAGGAGCUGUGUCAAAAGAAUGCAUGGAUGCCUGCGUAACAAGCGUUUCCGUUUAGUCUCGGAGCAAAAAAAACCCCGAGGAAUGGGAUUUUCGGUUUUGCUCUUUUACUUGCGCCAUUUUUCGCGCGGUCUUUGACUCUUGUUCCUCGUUCGUUGCUCCUAAACCGCACAGAAACGCUUGCUACGCAGACUAAACGUGCAGAGGCAGAUUCAAACGGAUGGCGAUUGUGGUUUUUGAAAACUUGUUAGCCUAAAAGUUUUUCAAAGUUCAUUUUUGGCGUUUGUGACAAGAGAAGUAUUUGUGACAAGAGAAGUAUUUGUUUGACAUCAAGCUGUGGUUUUGUCAUUCACCCGUAGUUUUUCAAGUUUCAUAGCGAAUAAGGAAGCGUAACUGGCGUAAUAAACAAAAUGAACUCCCCAGCCUUUAAGUAGUUGUAAUAUUCUAAUAAUCCUACUUUGGACACGGCUUAGAAAAAAAAAUAAUAACCAACAAAUGUUAAAUCUAUCUUUGGGUAGUUGUUCGAAAAAAUCAUAAAUAUUUCAGAUAACGAACACAUCGAUGAUGAUGAUGAUGAUGUGAUAACUAGGCCUACAAGCGGCCUACAGAGUGGUAAGUAAAAUAAAUAACUUUUCAAGAUUGUCUUGGCUUGUUAUCUCUCACUUUUUUACAAUUUUUAUUUAACUUUGGUUGACUAAAAGAAAAAUAGGUAAGCACUUAAACACUCAAAUCAGUAAGCUGAUUUAAAGUUGGACUGAUACAAUCAACUUUAUGUUGCAAAAAUCAAAUUGAAGAUUUCCUGGCAAUCUUGAAAUAAAAGAAAUACCUUGCCUGGAAACAUCACUUUUUGAAAGACAGCGAAACAACUUUUUGCCAAAGAAUGUACAGGAAAAAUAUUCAAAGAAGUAUUGAACUGUUAUCAGAUUCUUUAGAAAAAACGGUAUUUCCGGCUCUUAUCCUUAAUAGCCCUUAAUCAACUCAAUGGCGACUCUGAUGAAAGUGGGAGUGGCGAGGACUCGCUAAGUAGCAAAAACAGCACCGACAACGCAACAAUAACAGGAGAAAACAAAAAUCUUCCUCAAGAUAGAGGAGAACAGAACGAGACAAAAGGUAAGACGCAUUUUACUGUCAGUAAAAUUUACUCACAUAACCUUUGAAAAUUUAUGGUGAUGGUGAUGACGACGACUGUAAAUAAAUAAAUAAAUAAAGUGUCUUUAUUGUUCAAAAGAUAAAAUUACAUAUCUUAUGUUACAUUUAAAUAUAACAAUGUUAAUGGGCUAAAGUAUGUCUCUAAAUAAGAUUAGUAUAUACAUAGAAAGAAAUACAAAAAUCGAAUACAGAAAGUACACUAUUUACAAAGCUACAUUAUACUUGAAGACAAUUCUAUUAAAGAAUGUAUUCUUAAAACGGUCCGUGUGAAUGGCGGGCAUUGCGGGAGAUUUAUUCCUUAAGUUGUAUCUUGUAAUCUUAGUCUCAGGGAAGUUAGCUCUGAGAGGGUGGUUCGGGAUACUAAAAACCUUCCUACAAAUUCUAUGAUCUUGCACUUUAAGUAAUUCACCUAUCUCUAAUUUCUUGGAUAUGUAUCUGCGUUUAAAACAUCGAUCUAAAAACUGCUGGGCUAUAGUGUGAGACCUAGAAUGGUUAAUGUACUAGUCUGUGGUAUGCCUAAAAUACUAUUGUAGGCCUCGGCAGGGUGUCGUUUUUUAUACAUAAUAAGCUCUUUACAUUUUGUAGAGUUCGAAUUCAUUCUAUUUUGGCCUGCCCACCGUACAAACUGAUUUAUUAAGACUGUGGUGUUGGCGGUGGCAGCAGUGGUGGGGGUCAUAAAAUGAAGAUUAUGAUGAUGACUUACGACAACAUAAACAUUGGUCUACUUUACGAUAGGCUACAUCUGUUUUUGGUAAUCUAAACAGAAAUUUGCACUUUUUACUUAUUUUUAGGUAAUCAAAAUCAUAAUAUUGCGAAACAAACCAUCCCCCAGACUGGUCAAGGUAAGUAACUUAGCUACGAAUGAUAUGCGGUCCGAAAAACAUAUUCAAAAUUAACGGCUCUACUGCGACACACAACGUUAAUUUUAUUUUCCAAAUUUAUUUUCUAGCUUGUUGGUUGCUAAAAACCUGACUACUCUUAUUUUCAGAAAGCAGCCAAAAUGAGACAUUGUCGGACAUUCCUAAUGAGUCUCAGAUGAAUGGUAGGUAUAAUCAUUAUUAGAGCAAUAAGAAAAUUAUCGCCUGACAGGUCCUCUGUUCAUCUGACUAUAGCUAAUGGUAUAGCGUAGCUUAAAUAUUGAGGAGAAAACGUCAAACAUUUUAAAUAAAACAUAAAAUGUCUCUAUAAAUAUUUCUAUCAAAGCCGAUUGCAACUUUGUCGUUGUGUACUAUUGCAACUGUAAAGGCAAUUUCUGGCGAUGUGUGUUCGAAGUAUUUAUUGACAAAAUACCCGCAUUUCUCUCUACUCGCUAUCUACAUUACAUAUGUGACGAUCGUCUGUAAUAUUUCUAAAUGAAAAUGCAUAAAUUAAUAAAAAUCAAAUUUUAAGGGUAUUCCUGUGUCUUGAAAUUCUCUCCUUUGCUUAUCAGUGGUACCAUAAAUUAAGCCCUUCCAAGAGCCAUAAUAGCUCUUGCCCUUCUUGUUUUGUUAAUUUUUUUAAUCCAGUAUCUUCCAUUCAUUGCUGUUAGAACAUGUCAAUCACAGAAUGAUAAUCUGUUUGUUAAAUCGGUUCAUACCACUCAAUACGGCAUUCGUUCUCACCGUUACACUGGUACCAACCUUUGGAAUUCUUUAUCCAUUGAUGUUAAGAAAAUCAGACCGUUUUCCAGUUUUCGUCAAAAUAUCACGAAUUCUAUGAUUGAUGGUUAUAAUACUGUUAUUAAUUCCUGAAUUUUUAUUAUUAUAUUAUCUUUAACUACUAUUUAAUUAAUGAGGUAAUACUUACUUUUUUAUGUAAAAGAACUAUUUUGCCGCUACAUUCCUUCUACUCGUGUUCUUGUUUUGGGUCACCUACUUGGUUAGUUCUACGAACUAUUCAGGUGUUCCAAACUCUGCACAAUUAACCUAAAAUUGAAAAUAUUCUUUUCCUUCGCAAUCUUUUAUUUUUAUUUUAAAAGCACUGAUUUGUAUUAAUUAGUAUUCUGUGUGAAUUAAAAUAAAAUUGACUCGACUUGACUUGAAAAAAAAUCGAACCUUGAAUACUCGAUUAAAGUGCAUUAUCAUCAUUAUUUUUGAAAAGAAGAUUUUCUGUUUGUUCAGAAAUCUUCAAAAUCAAUCAUCAGGAAGUGACUGAUGAUUCUCAGACAAAUGGUAUGCACACCCUUCUUGUGCUUGCUGUCGUAUACUCACCGAUUAUCACUGAAAAUUAUGGCAUAUAUUUACUGAAUUUGAUACAUUGAAAGACCUACAGUAAUAAUGAGUAGGAAAACGCAUCUUGACAUUGACGUUGCCCUUGUAAUUGUAACGCGUUUAUAAAAGAUACUCCAAAUGGGGCAUAACUUAUUUACCAUUAUCAUUAAUUUUUAUAAAAUAACUAAGAUGGUACGCGCGCUCUGAUUGGCUGAGAAGAGUGUUUGCAUGAGAGUAUGUAAACAUGGUUGUGACGUAAGAUGUUUUGCUUUUCGCGCGCUAAUCACGCAAGCACGAAUUUGAAAAAGUUUUAGUGAUCAAAACUCGACAAGUUCACUUUAUUUACCCAUUCCUUCGUUGGCUGAAACUUGAAAAAUCUUUACAAACAAGCUGUGUCAACUUUUUUUUCGCUUAAGCUGACAUUUUAAGCGAGAAAAAUCCGUAUUUUGGAAAGCAUCUUUUGCAAAACAAAAACUGAUUACGCGUGCAAGACUUCGUGUACAGGACUUUGCGACUGGUAAGAAUUUCUCUUUUAUUCAUUGCCAUAACAAAGAGUUGUGCGCUUUUUCUCAGGAAAGUUAUUUUUUAAAAGCAAUAUAAAACUUUUUUCCAGUGACAGUUAUGCAACCCCUCGACUUCGUCUCAGGUUUACAUAACUGUCUCGAAGUCUCCCAACCCCUCUCUUGUUUAUAUCAGGCUAUGCAAACACGGAAAACGUUUUCUAUUGCUUAAAUCGCAUAUGCGACUGGUAAGAAUUUCUCUUUUAAUCAUUGCCAUAACAAAGAGUUGUGCGUUUUUUCUCAGGAAAGUUAUUUUAUAAAAGCAAUAGAAAACUGUUUUCCGGUGACAGUUAUGCAACCCCUCGACUUCGUCUCGGGUUUACAUAACUGUCACGAAUUCUCCCAACCCCUCUCUUGUUUAUAUCAGGCUGUGCAAACACGGAAAACGUUUUCCAUUGCUUAAAUCGCAUAUGGAAGACCAUUGUAAUUGUCAAAUUUAACUCUAAGUUCUCCCUUUACACUCACAGAAACAUCCAACAACCAGACGCUCGGUGGAGCCCUGGCAGAAGCUAUAAGUGUUCAUGGUACGCUAAAAAUUAAGUACUAAGUUAAGUCAGUUUAAGAAAAUUCUAGUGCCAUUAACUAACAAAAAGACUAACAACUGGUCUGCUGCAUAUAUCAUAGCCUGCGUAGCAGGCGCUCGCCCACUACUUCCAAGCGCCUGCUACGCAGGCUACAUAUAUUACAGUCUAGAUUCGACUAGACAAAAUUGAAAAAGAAACUUGUUUGUAAUAUAAUUUCUUAAGUAUUUCCCUGCUUGAUAAAUGGUCAAUUGCAAAUGUUUAAUAAGGCUUGCAACACUAGGCAGUUAGGCAAACAGUUCGCGUGGAAAACUCAAGACAGAGCCUCAAAGAACAAAACUGGGAAUUAUUUUAAUUCAAAGGCGCCAUAUUUUGGUUUCUUUUUAUUGAAAAAUUUUUGGCGCGCUAUUUCUCCGUGCCUCUUUUUGCGGUCCCCUGGAGUAGGAAAGGACGGUACGAACGUUGACCAUGGAACUGAGAUUGGCCACAACUGUACUUUGUAAUUCGUGUAGUACAACUAACUACUUGCAAUACGUUUAUAUAUAAUAGAGGGUUCAAGGACAGGUAAAAUAAACAAGUUCCUCCAUGGCAAAGGGUUGGUGUGAGUUAAUCGGACUACUCAAUAUAUUUUUUUUCAGCAAACAGCUCGGAAAGGAAUGAAACUGAAGCUAAUCAAACACAACCAUUUGCGAACAAUUCAACAGGUUUGACCCAGCAAGUUUACUUUUCCUAAGGGUGUCCUUAAAGUUUAUUCAUUGAUUGACAAUAGCUUAACUUUUUGGUGGCAAACUACCAACUACUCUUAGUUCUGGAAUCUUUACACGGUACUGUCUCUUUACAGAAUUUCAGUGGUCCGUGUGGCCUCCAUUGCCGUUUUUAAUGGCAUCCUUUAGCCACUGAGUAAAAAAAAUUGUCCUUUUGUUUUCAAGCUUAUUUCAAACAAUUGUUCUCCUUUUUGCCGUAUUCAAGAUGGAAGAAGUGUUCGCCUGUUACGCUAUCUACUGUACUUUAAUAAAAAAAUCACAAUUAGAUUGCUAUAUGAAGUGUCGCAGAGGAAUAGGCCUUUUGCAAUAGUUAAUUACAUGAUCAACUUUCCGUAAACUCGAAAACAAUUCCUCUUGGAAAAAUAAUUUUAGCGGGAAGUGAAAAAGCAUGUAAAAAUUGCUUACCAUUAAAUUUUCAACCGUAUACCCGAAAGUAGUGAUUGCAACGGCCGCUGAAAAUUAGAAGGGCUUGUAUCAGAAAAACAACUCUAUGCACCCAGUCAAGGGUUAAGUGGUUUUUCAUAGAAAUCUGGCUGGUAAAUUUUGAAAAUUUCGAACUGUCGUUAAGUCAUUCCCUUACAUCACGGGGCUUAAAGUGUCUGUUAUAAUCAAAUGAAAAUUUGAGCCUCGUAAUGCUUAAGGAAAGUUUUCAUUUUUAAAGAUAUUUAGCGAGACCCUUGAAGCGUCACUGUCUGUUUUUAGUAGUCUCCAAUGACCUUUCAUCAAAUUUAAACGAACAAGGGAAGAUAUCGCUUAUGAAGAUAAAACCUAUUAUAAACCAAGGUAUGUGAAACAAAUUCUACUAUUUAUACUUUUUACAAUGUGAUUUUUUUAAAAAAUUUUGGUCAGCAUACCUUAAAUAUUAUUAGUUGCAUAUCUCUUAACCCAUCUUUGUGAACAAUACGAAGACGACACAAUUUACGAAUACGUGGAAAACCUAGGACCAUAGACAUCUGAAACAUAAAAAUUCAACUUUUUACAAGCAAUUUUCCACCUUAAAUAAUUUUGUACCUUGGGUACCAGAGGAUUUUUUUCUCUCGUGCGACUAAACGGUUCGCUGUGGACUGCAGGCCGAAACCGCAUAUGAAAAAUCUCUGGCACCCUGGCACCCAGGGUACCAAUUGUGUAGCAUUCAUUACGCAUUAAUUCUCAACUAACUGUUUUAUUGGCUGAUUGCAGGAUCGUGCCCUAUGUUAGAGACCCUAAGCUGUCUCAACCUGCUUUAUUCCUAUCCUUGCAAUAAUGAUGACGAUUGCUUUGAGAGUGGAAUGACCUGUUGCCAGACCAAAUGCAUUUAUGGCAAGAGGAUGUGCGUCCCUCGAGGUAGGAUUCAACAUUACAAAAAUCAAAAUAUGCAUAACCCGGGAAUCAACUCAUGGGUUUAUUUAUUUUGUUUAUUUGUUUUUUUCUUUGUUCCAUUCGUUAAUUCUUUUUAAAUGCAGCUUCAUUACUCCCUCUUAGCUUUACGGUGGACAAUCCAAGUUAUCAUAGCCAAUUUUUUUUGUUUUUAUUCGCAAAUAUCAGGAGCGUUGUGUCUUAAGAAGGCAAUUCCUUUUCUCGUUCUUACACUCUGUUUACAAGCAAACAUUGCGGCGCCUGAAGUAGGAUAUUAUCCCUAUAUUAAGAUUUACCGCAACAGAGUUCCCACUCCAGAUCAAAGGCAGCAUAUACAUGUGUCGCUUUCACAGUGAUAUAGGCAUCCCCAUUCUCAAUGAUCGAUAACCCUAAUGAUAUGGGUAUCCCCUGCAACUUUAACCCUAACCGCAACCCAAGUCGCUAGGGUAAUAUGAGAAGGGAUGCCCAUAUCACCAGAGUUUUGGGAAUGGGGAUCCCCAAAGGCCGGACACUAAGGUAAUAUGAAAAGGAGAUGCCCAUAUCAGUAGGGUUUUGGGAAUGGGGAUGCCACAACCGCGGGGAUAUCCAUAUCAAUGACACAGAGAUACUUUAUAAACGACAAAGAAACUGGGCCGAGUUAGCUUUUGCAAAUACUUCUGGAAUCGUUACCAGGGGCGCGCUAUUCAGCUACUGGCCAAUUCGCAAAAAGUCCCAGACGUCUUUGCGAAAGUUAACUUGCCGCAGUUUCCUUCUGGUUUCUAAAAUGGUGAUUGGGUGGCUACUUGCAGAGUUCUAAAGCAAAAAUCACACAUUUUUACUUUAGCUUUCCUUUAUCGGACGACCUAGUAAUCCUUUCUUUUUCCCUGAUUUCGAUGCUUUUCUUCCAUGUUGAUUUCUUGAUUAUUAUUUCAUUUCAAUAUAGUAUCAGCAGUCUGCCCUUUGAGGACUCCAUAUUACACGGCUUUCAAGCCAUGCAAAGACUCAGGAGACUGUGGAACAGGAGGAGUGUGCUGCUUAGACAUGGCAGGAAGGCAUUACUGUCAUCAGCUCAGCUCCGUCGAGUAGACUAGAUCGUAGAUGAAAAUUAGAAAAUUCUUUCCGUUACUAGCUUUAUCUAUGGACGCAGUGUUCCUUGAAUAUUGAUCUCUAAUCGGUCUGUUAUUCACACGCAUCCAAAGUGAAUAAGAAAAAAACGUUACUCUGCCUAGUAGUCAAACUUCAAACUUUUAUUACUGCUUGCUAUCACGAUCAACGUAAUUAAUGUGGGACGAAAGAGUGACUUUUAACAAAAAAAUGUUUCCAAGUCUUGAAUUGUCGAAUCCUUUAAUUUUGAUAAGAAAAAGUAGCAUAUUUUUAUACGGUAAAACAUAGCACCCUUUGGUAAAUUACAAUAUAUAUUCUACUCAUUACUUGUUCACAAGCGAAUUUUGGUAAGUGCUUACAAAUCUGAAAUUCUAGAUAGUCAUUUGCUUUUUGGGCCCCAAGUCUAAUGCGAGGAAGUAAUAGAGAAAAUUAAAUUUUGGGGA